AUGCGCCUCACACUGCCUGCAGUGAGGGUCAGAAUGUCUUUAGGUCUUUAACACAGGCCCUCAGUCCGGUACCGGCUCCGGUCCAGAUUUUACCUGAGCUUCUCAUGUUCCGGCUGCUGCUUCCCCGGAGGCCCCUCAUCGGGUCCCUGUGCCUCCUCUCAGCCGGCUCCUCUCGCUCCUGCAGCGGAUCCUCUCCUCCGGGUCUCCCCUCCUCUCAGGUCCGCAGCACCUUUCUGGAGUUUUUCCGGUCCCGGGGACACCGAUUGGUCCCGUCCGCCCCGGUUCGUCCCCGCGGGGACCCGAGCCUGCUGUUUGUUAACGCUGGUAUGAACCAGUUCAAGCCCCUCCUUCUGGGCACAGCCCCCCCACACAGCAUGUUAGCAUCGCUGCGCCGCGCGGCUAACUCUCAGAAGUGUGUGAGAGCGGGGGGGAAACACAACGACCUGCAGGACGUGGGGAAAGACCUCACACACCUGAGCUUCUUCGAGAUGUUAGGGAGCUGGAGCUUUGGAGACUACUUCAAGGAGGAGGCGUGCAGCAUGGCCUGGCUCCUCCUCACUGAGCAUUAUGGGAUACCAGCUGACAGACUGUAUGUGUCGUACUUUGGAGGAAACGCUGUGUCAGGUCUUCCUGCUGAUCUGGAGACCAGGAACAUCUGGCUGGAGAUCGGGGUUCCCCCGGCCCGCCUGUUGCCUUUCGGCCUGAAGGAGAACUUCUGGGAGAUGGGGUCCUCGGGCCCCUGUGGCCCCUGCACUGAGAUCCACUAUGACCAUGUUGGGGGGCGGGACGCUGCCAAGCUAGUCAACGCAGACAGUCCUGAGGUGGUGGAGAUCUGGAACCUGGUGUUCAUGCAGUACAGCAGGGAGGCGGACCUCUCCCUGCAGCCCCUCCCCCUCCUCUCUGUGGAUACAGGGAUGGGUUUGGAACGUCUGGUCAGCAUCCUGCAGGGGACCGUCAGCACCUACAGCACCGACCUGUUCACCCCCCUGCUGCAGGAGAUCCACCAGAGGUCAGGGGUGCAGCCGUACGGCGGCAGGACGGGCGCGGCGGACGAGUAUCGGACCGAUAUGGCGUACCGCGUGGUGGCUGACCACAUGCGCACGCUCAGUGUGUGUAUCGCUGACGGCGUGCACCCCGGCAUGUCGGGAGCAGAGCUGGUGUUGAGGAGGAUCCUGAGGCGUGCGGUCAGGUUCUGUGUUGAGGUUCUCCGGGCUCCUCAGGGGACUCUAGCCGGCCUGGUGCCCACCGUAGCUUACACAUUGGGUGAUGUGUAUCCGGAGCUCCACAGGGAGGCAGACAGGAUUAUGGAUGUCAUCAACGACGGCGAAGCUCACUUCCUGUCGUCUCUGCAGCAGGGCAGUCGGCUGAUCCUGCGCACACUCGACAGGAAGAACUACAAAGAUGGAGUCUUCCCCGCCUCUGUCGCCUGGUCUCUGCACAGGAAUCUUGGUUUUCCUCUGGACCUGGUGGACUUGAUGUUGGAGGAGAGAGGAGUCCAGGUGGAUCAGAAGGAUCUGCAGCGCCUCAUCUCAGAGAGUCAGGUGAAGUCUGGAGGUCAGAAAGGUGUUCAGUCUCAGGUGCUUGACGUCCUCAGUCUGGCGGAGCUGCAGUGUCUCAGAGUUCCUCACACCGACGACAGCCUGAAGUACCGGUACAGCCUGCAGCUAGACAGAUAUGUGUUCCCAGCAUGCCAUGCGGCGGUGCUAGCCCUGUAUGAUGGGCGCUCCCUGGUCUCAGAGGUCGAGGAGGGGCAGCGCUGCUUUGUGGUGCUGGAUCAGACCUGCUUCUACUCGGAGCAGGGGGGGCAGUCACAUGACCAGGGCUACUUCACCCGGGACGGACUGCAGGACGUCCUGUUUCCUGUGGAGGCCGUGGUGCAGGCAGGGGGGUACGUGGUGCAUCAGGUGACCGCAGCCGGCCCCCUGAAGACCGGAGACCAGUUGCAGCUCCACCUGGACCAGGUCCACAGGCUGUCCUGCAUGGUGAACCACACGGCAACUCACAUCCUGAACUUCUCUCUGAGGAAAGUCCUUGGCGAUUCAGUCCAGCAGAGAGGGUCCCACGUUUCUGCAGAGCGACUCCGCUUCGACUUCAGCUACAAGGGUCUGCUGGACGUGUCUCAGCUGCAGCAAGUGGAGAGGUGUGUUCAUGACACCAUCUCAGCCAAUCAGAUCGUCCACAGCGAGGAGCUUCCUCUGGACAAAGCAAUGAGCAUUGGGGGGGUUAGGACCAUAGACGAGGUGUAUCCUGAUCCUGUGAGGGUGGUCUCUGUCUGUCUGACUGCCUCUGAGCUGUUGUCAGAUAGACAGUCAGACAGACAGGUGUCUGUGGAGCUGUGUUGUGGCACACACCUGCUGCGGACCGGAUCCAUCGAGGACCUGGUUCUGGUCUCUGAGCGCCAGCUGGUGAGGGGGAUCAGUCGGGUCAUCGCUCUGACCGGACGCAGAGCUACAAAGGCGCGGGAGGACGGUCAGGUUUUAUCUCAGGACGUGGACUCUCUGUUAGCCAGACUCUCAGGCUCCGCCCCCUCCAGUCUGGACUCCGCCCAGCGACUCGCCAAGGAGGUCGGCCUCCUCUCAGAUGCUGUAGAUAACACCCCCAUCCCUCAGUGGCAGCGCAGAGACCUGCAGGGACGCCUGAAAGCCCUGCAGAGGAGCAGCAACACCUCCGUCCGGAAGCUGGAGACCAGAGAGGCGGCCGCUCUGGCCCAGACUCUGCUGCGGGAGUGGGGGGGGGGGCAGUUUCUGGUGCGUUCAGUGCACAUGGACUCUCUGCAGAUGGUGAUGAAGACGGUGAACCAGCUGAGCGCCGCCGCUCCUCGCAGUCAUGUGAUGCUGCUUGCUCACCAGAGUCAUUCUGGGAAGGUGCUGUGUGCCUGUCAGGUUCCUAAGGACUCCCCCUUCCUCUCUGCCUCUGAUUGGGCGGUGGCAGUGUGUCGUCACCUUGGGGGCAUCGGGGGGGGCUCUGAACUGGUCGCCAAGGGCACAGGAAGCAGCAAUGACAUCACUGAGGCUCUGAGGUGGGCGGAGCAGUUUGCUUGCCAGACAACAGAGCGAUGACAUCACUCUGACAUCACGGUGCCUCCUGCUGAGGAAUUGUCUCCUGAUUGGACACAAGGGUUGGGGCAAUGAGAGUGGGCCUUCUCUUUGAUGCUCUCAGCCAAUCAGAGAAGUUCUCAUAAGCACCCUUCCUGUCUGUUAGCAUGCUAAAUGCGAAUAGCAUCUUUAAAGGAAUGAUUAUGUGAAUUAUCAGAAAGGGGAGGGCUGUACACGAUGGGUUGACUGUAGGCCCGCCCACUGCUGCAGUGAGGCUCCUCAUUGGACUACACGCUCAGAUGAGAAUUAUUUAUAGAGAUAUUUUAUGUGAAUUUAACAUUUCUGUUUUUAUAAUAAAUGACUGCUCACUCAUUCAUUGUCUUUAUUCAGGAAUUACCAAGAUACAUUUGACAGAGUAUUAUUGUUAUCAUAAUAUAAAGGCACCAGAUGUGAAGCUUUGCUGGACACAAA